ACCAAUUGCAUCACUAUGGGUUUCGCAACUACAAUCCUUCACUCUCAGUUCUUUGUCAAGCCACCGGUGCCCUCAUCCGAUUUCUCAGGCCAAACAGUCGUCGUAACCGGUGCUACAUCCGGUCUUGGAUACGAAGCGGCAAAACAUGUACUACGUCUCGGGGCGUCGAAGCUUAUCCUUGCAGUGCGCAAUGUUUCAAAAGGCGAACAAGUUGCGAAAGAGAUAUCGUCUGCACUAUCCCUUCCUACAAGCAAUGUCGAAGUUUGGGAGUUGGAUCUCAGCAAAUUCGCAUCAGUGAAGAAGUUUGGUGAGCGCAUCAAGACAUUGAACCGCCUGGAUGCGGUGAUACAGAAUGCGGGUAUCAUGACCAGCAAAUUCACUUCUGUUGAAGGAUGCGAGAGUCAAAUAACAGUAAACGUUAUCAGUCCAGCACUUCUCGGUUAUCUUGUUAUCCCCAAACUUCAAGAAUCUGCAACAAAAACUGGAAGUCGAGGAAGACUGGCUUUUGUGGGAAGCGAUCUCCAAUUUCUUGCACCCUUGAAGGAAAAGUCCCGUCCAGGCAGUCUCUUCACGGCACUCAAUUCAGAAGAGCACGCAGAUAUGAGCAAUCGCUACGGCGUCUCGAAACUUCUGCUGAUGUGGGUAGUGCGUGACUUGGCGCAACAAUACCCAUUGUCCGAUCAGUCAAACGUACUCAUCACCUGCCUGACUCCUGGCCUGUGCCAAAGCGAUCUAGUGCGCGAUGAUGAAAGCUGGAUUGCUGGCGUCAUCAGGCGCUUUAUCAUAAGAAUCGUUGCGCGGUCCACUGAAGUUGGCAGCCGCACUCUCGUCUUUGGUGUGAAGCCAGAACUAGGCGAGGAGUGCCACGGUGCAUUUCUGAUGGACUGCAAAGUUUGCGGAGAUUUAACCGGCAACACAAAGUCGUCCGAGAUGAAAGAAGCCAAUACAAAAUUCUUGGGCGAGCUCCGUGCGCGCUUACAGGAAAUUUAUCCUGAACUUCCCUAAAGGCUAUCUUAGGCUGUAUAUCUGAGAAAGAAUUUUAUAUGUUUUGAGACCUCUUCAAACACAGAAAAUGAUGAUAUGUUUGGUGAUGAGACCAGGUGUUGUCAGAAGUGCAGGUAACAUAACGGUGAAGGUUAACGGCGGCCAUCCACUUGUUACGGAUACCUGUAGUUGAGAACCCUGUAAGGUUUCCACCAUAAUCUCCACCCUCAAUGUUUUUGUUUGGCGCAACGGUAUGACAUUCUGGAAGUAGUCGUGUACAUACAUAUGUACCCGAGCCUUCAUUUUCAGAAUUAGCCGAUGCCGAAGGUGGUAGUUAUAUCAUCAAUCUUCUGAAAACGUGGACUUUGUAAUUAAUAGUUAAGACCGAUCACUAAACAUCAACGGAAUGAGCCACAAUGGCGAUAAUUCAACCUGUCG